CAAGGUCGCUUAACUGAAAACGCGGUUCAGUUUGAAGUUGGGUUGCUUUGCUUUCGUCUGGUUGAAGGUUGUCCUUGAUGUGAAAACCAGUCCUUCAGAUAGCAGUUUACUAAGAUGGAUAAUUUAAUAGCCGAUGUAUCAGACAUUGACUUCAUUAUUGAGAGCCAGCUAGAAAAUCAGAUUGGAUUAGGAUGUUUACCCUUCUCAAAUAUGAAUAAGUCUGGUGCUGGUGUUUGUCGAUUCUUUAUUAUUAAUCAAUGUCCCCUUAACAAUUUAUGUCCUUUGAGGCAUAUCAAAGCUGACAGGACAGUUGUAUGCAAGCACUGGCUUCGUGGAUUAUGCAAAAAAGGUGAUGACUGCGAGUUCUUACAUGAAUAUGAUAUGACUAAAAUGCCCGAAUGUUACUUCUUCUCGAAAUUCGGGGAGUGUAUGAAUAAAGAAUGUCCAUUUCUACAUAUUGAUCCUGCUUCUAAGGUACAGGAUUGUCCCUGGUAUGAUAGAGGGUUUUGCAGAAACGGUCCUUUAUGUCGAAAUCGACAUGUUAGACGAGUGGCGUGCAAAAACUACAUAAAUGGUUUUUGCCCUAAGGGACGUGAAUGUAAAUAUGCUCAUCCUAUAUGGUGGCCCCUUCCAGGAAGUGACCAAGAUACACAGAAAAGCCGUUGGAUAUGUCAUUACUGCAAUGAACGUGGGCAUAAAAUACAGUUUUGCCUUAAACUAUCACCCGAGGAACGUCUUCGACUGCAGGAGCAGCAGCGUGUACAGAAUAUUAGCACUGGCGGUACAACAUUACCUCAACAAGGUGUUAAUCUUGGAUCUCGUUUUGCUUCUGAACGUCUUAAGUUUGGUGGUCUCAUGGGUACCCCACAGACAGCUCCUACUGGACCUCGACAAGGCCCACAAAAACCACUUGAUGAAGUAACGUGUUUCAAAUGUGGAGAGAAAGGUCAUUAUGCAAACAGAUGCAACAAAGGCUAUUUGGCUUUUCUCAGUAAGGUUUCACUACAACCUCAUGAAAUAGAAAGUGCUCGUGGCUAAUAUAAAUAUGAAGCUGGAAAUCGGUGUAUUAUGAACUGUACAGAUCUUAUUUACAUGUCUUAUAAAGAAUCAAGCUGAAUUAAUAUAAUCUAAUUUUUAGCUUUUGACUGUGAAAACAGAAAAUGAAUAUAUAUCAACUUAAGCCUAGAAGUACAACGCUGUAGACCUAGGUUUCGUAAUUCUCAGUAAACAUAUCUGAAGUCAUAAGAAAAUAAAAGCUUCCUAUAUCAUACCUCAUUAAAGGAUGCAAGCAUUUCUAUCAGAAAGUUGUAAAUGUUAGUUUACCAGUCAUUUUUCACGUAAAUCAACUGACCAAAC